CUUUAUAUUCACACAUUCACCAGAAAGCAAUGGACUUGUUCCCACUCCUCUUUUUCGGGGCUCUUCAUGGAGGAAUCCAUUGUAACCCCUACUGCACCUAUCAAUAUGAAUCUGUUGAAGUGUGCGAGGGGGGCAGUGUCACUAUCCCCUGUUGGUUCAGUUACCCCAGGAAUCAGCGGGAAAGCUCCACUGAUGUCAGAAUUUAUUGGAGAGCAUCAACAUCCCGAACCUGUGGGAGAAAUAUAGCCAUUUAUAAUCACACAGAGAACCAGGUCCAUGGGGAGUACACAGGGAGAAUCAGCCUGGAGGGAAACCCAAAGGAACAGAAUGUGGUGUCUCUUCGAAUCCAGGGGAUCAGGCGCUCAGAUGGGCCGAUGUUCUGCUGCCGUGUGGAACUACAUGGCACAAGCCCAGGAGCAGUGCAAAAUAUCAAUGGGACAGUCCUGAACUUCCAAAAUGAAUCCAGAGUUGAGCAGCCAGAUGCGGUUCCAGCUUUAGUGAAUGAAAACCCCAUUAUACCCUGUUAUGUUUUCCCACCACAGGAAAUACAGUCAGUAACAUGGUGGAGAAGUUCCAGUCGCAUCUGUAGUAAGAACCAACAUCUAAUAACAUGGCAUAAAAUGUUACAAUCAGAUACAUUUACAGGAUUCUCACUAAUUGACCCACCCAGGGAUGUUUCAUUGCGUGUAGAGAACCCAGGUUCUGCUACCAGCAAAUAUUACUGUUGUGAAGUGAUAGCAAAAGGAAAAACAAUACAAAGACUCCAGGGAACAGAGCUGGUUAUAGCCUCAAGAAUAAGAAAUGGCCUAUUCGUCAAUCAAAGUAAUGAAUUCACAGCCCAAACAGGGCAGUCUGUCACUAUCAACUGCACAUUCAGUUCUACCACUGACCCUUUAUGGGAGGGGGUUUUCUGGAGAGCGGGUAACGAAACAGGACUUUUUGCCUAUCACCCUUUCCAGAAGAUGGUCCACCCUACGUACAUGGACAGAACAGAGCUGAGAGGGAAGGCAGAUCUCCACAUAAGAAAUGUAGGACCAACUGAUGACACCAUAUAUUUCUGCUUUGUCAUCCUCCGAACAUGUGAAAAUACUAAUAAUUUUAGUACAAAGGCCAAAUACGGGCAAGGAACAAGGAUGCAUGUGUCAGGCCCUGGGAAUCAGUGGAUUGUUCCUGUAGUCGUCACUCUUACCAUUUUCUUCCUUGUGAUUCUCCUGCUUGGAACUCUGAUCUUUCUAAAGAAAAGAGGUGUAUUUUUCAAGUCACGAAAUAGUCCAGAUAAUAUGGACCUUACAUUGACCGAUGUUCCUCCAAGAGGCCAGCUUAAUAACAUGGAGUCUGAGUAUGAAAAUAAUCCAGAUAUCACACAUGGCCCACAGGAGUCUGGAGGAGUUUUCUAUGCCCAGUUAAACAUGGGGGCUUUGGAAAACAAACACAAGAAAAAGACAGGAGGGACUGAACCUGAAGAUAGCCCACGGAUCCUAUAUGCCACGGUGAAAACAGCAAACACCAAUGAUGUAUACUCGACCAUUCAGUAGGCAUAGACUAUGAUUCCUCCAGCUACAUGAGCUACAGUAUUAACUUUGUGGUUGGAGAAAAAGCUCAUGGUGGUCAAGAAGAGCCUAGUUUGAAAGGGAACCUAAAAUGUCUUACCAUAAGAUGGGGUUCCUCAUAGUGAGGGGAGUAAGGGGGUUGGGGA